UGGAUAUUAGCCGAUAGUAAUUUCUUAUUUGUAAUCGGUAUCGGUAAAUUGUAUAACAUUUUAUUGAAGUGUAAAAUCUCGUUCAAAUACUUGUGAGACGUAUAAAUGAGAAUUUAUUAUAAUACUAAAAGAUUAUUAAAUAACAGUUAAAAUGUUCGAUGAGAAAGUUGAAUUUUUUAAAAAGCUAGACAUUUUUUACACCGAUAAACCCGGUAAAAACUCCAUUCAAUGGAUGAAGUUGAAAUAAUAAUUGAAGACGUAAUCAACGCUAAAACUAACAGAAAUAAAAAAACAAGAAGAGAAUACUAUAUUUUAAAGAAGUCUGAUGCCCUCUCCGUAACUGAAAAGCAUUACUUAAUCUGCAAGACAAAAAAUCAAGAAAAUCAUGAAAUAAAAUAUUAUGUACCAUAUGAAGAAAUGUAUGAUAAAUUAAAAGAUUUUCAUACACGAACAAGACACGGAGGAAAUGUGAAGCUUCGCAUGGCUUUAAUGAAUAAAUACGUGAUUCCAAGACCAGCAAUAGAAGCUUUCCUGUCAACCUGUUUAUCAUGCAACAGUAAAAAACCAGUAAACCGUAAAUUAGUCAUUAAACCCAUAAUAAGUGAAGACUUUAAUGAAAGGGUACAAAUCGAUUUAGUGGAUUUUCAAUCAAAUCCUGAUGGACCUCUGGAAUCAAAAAGAGCAAUUGAAGUAGCAAGAAAUUUACUUUCAUUAUUCCUCACUUUUGGGGCUCCAAAAAUCUUGCAAGUGAUAACGAUCGAGAAAUGGUCAUCAUUAUAAUUACAGAGCUCAAAACUCUGU